CUCUGAUGACUGCAGCUGGCUAAAUUGAAGCUUGAUAUGAAAUGUUUCAUCGGAAAUACAAAAGACAGAAAGAUUGACGCAUUAAUGUUUAUUAAAAAAACAUAAGAUUAUAUCAAAGAUAAACUAGGACGGAUGUUUUUAUUGUAAUAUGUUUCAAAUAUACGAAUCCAAUAUUGGACUGAAUAUAGAUUACAAAGCGUAAGGCAGAAACGGCUGGUCAUAAAGCCGAUGGAGGAAAUAAAAGGAAAAACACGGACAAUAGUUCUUCGAUCAGAUGCGACGUCAACAUCGACACAAGAUCAAAUACAUUUCAGUGCAAAGGAAAUGGACAAAUUGACUGAAACUGUCACGAGACUUGAUAUAGAUAAACCAGGAGAGAAAAAUACUAGAUCCCCUCCAAAAAUAUUUGCCAUUACUCCUACGUAUCGCCGUCCUCAACAAAUAGCGGAAUUUACGCGUCUUGGGCAAUCUCUUAUGAACGUUGCGGAUCUUCACUGGAUCGUCAUCGAGGACGACGUGACGCAAUCUCGGCGCAUUGUCCAACUUCUGAACAGACUCAAUAUAGAAUUCACCCUCCUCGCUAUACCCAGUGAUACGUCCUUGCAGAGUACAGUAAAGGGUAUAACUCAAAGAAACGCGGGGCUAAAGCUGUUGCUCGAUGCUAACUUCACCGGGGUAUUCUACUUCGCAGAUGAUGACAAUAGUUAUGAUUUGCGCAUCUUUGAACAGAUGAAGUCUAUCAAAAGGGUUGGUGUGUGGCCAGUUGGUUUAGUGACGGGACAAGGAUUUGAGUCUCCUAUUGUGAAGAAUGGAAAAGUUGUCGAUUUCUCAUCCGGUUGGAAAGCAAACCGGGCGUUUCCAUUGGAUAUGGCUGGAUUUGCAGUAAAUAUAGAUUUCUGGCAACAAAAAGGGGCGCCAUUGUUUUACCGAAAGGUGAACCCAGGCUACCAAGAGGAUAUAUUUCUCAAAGAGUUACAUAUCGAAAAGCAAGACUUAGAACCACUCGCAUGGAACUGUUCUAAGAUUCUAACGUGGCAUACGAAGACAUAUCACACAAAAAUAGACCCUCCAAAACUUCAACGUAAAACCGUUUCGAAAACAAACAUAGAAAAACUCAUUGACCAAAUACCAAGUAAUAAAGUUAAAUCCAAAGACGAAAAAGUUGUUACAUUCCAAGACGGAAAUCCCCUUAUUGUGACGUCACACAAGCAAUUGUACACCAAAAGUAUGGUCAUCAGUGCUAUGGGGGAAAACAAUUUAAAUAGGACAAGGAUAUUAUCGGCACAAGACUUUGAAUGGAUGCUAUCGAACUUCAAAACUAUUUCAUUAAUAAAAACAUCAACUAGGCAAGACGCUAGCACGACUGGUGUGGAGGGUAAUGCAAAUGAUACUAGAUUAGUCGACAAAAACAAUGGUUCAAUAAUGAAUAUAACACAGCAAAAUGGAUUUAACAAGCUUAAGGUUAUAGGGAAUGCAACCAAAUCGUAG